AUGUUUUGCAAGGCAGAAGAAGCACCAGAUCCUGUGCGCGACACCUUUGGAAGACUGCUCCGCACAAAACAUGCCUACUACAUUUUGCCAGUCGGCCCCUGGAGUGGUGGUGGACUCGAACUAAUCAACACCAACUAUACUAACUGUCCACUUGACAUUGUCCAAUCCAGUGCCGAUACCCCUGGCUCUCCAGUGGCAUUUUUCCCAUUAAAUCUCAAAAAAGGUGUUAUUCGAGUAUUGACUGAUCUGAACAUCAUGUUCCAAAACACGUACACGGUGUGUCCUGAAUCACCUGUUUGGAAACUUGAUCACUACUAUACAAAUGAUACAUUGAACGGGGAUUACUUCAUCACGACCGGUGGAAUCGUAGGAAACCCCGCGCCUGAGACGCUGGGGAACUGGUUCAAGAUUCAGCAAUUUGGAGGUGGCUACAAGCUUUUGCAUUGUCCUGGUGUGUGCACUUUUUGUAAUGUUGUCUGUCAAGAUGUAGGAUUUGAUGUCCAAAAUGGACAGAGGCGAUUGGCUCUAACCAAUUAUCCCUUUAUGGUUGUGUUUAAGAGAGCAUAA